GCUACUUCUCUCUCUAACAUUUUUGUUCAAUGCUUUCUCCUCCCUGAAAACUCUGAUAAAUAUAAAUGAAUCUUCACACGUGCUGCUGCUCUUCCCCUAUACUCCCGCUCCCCAUUCACCACCCCCCGAAGCACAACCACUUCUGCUUCCUCUUCCCAACCAAAACCAGCCGUACGCCGUCGUUUUGCCCCUCUCCUAUCUCGAAGAAUUUAUUCGCGGCGGCCACCAAUCAGGUGUCUUCGUCGCCUGAGGAAGGGAAGUUGGAAUCGGAGAUUCUAGACGACGAGCUAUUGGUUCGGGUUUCUGCCGCCAAAGAUGCGGCCGAGGUUUUGUCUUCGAUUGCGGCGGAGCGCUGCUCCUCCGGCGGCGGAGUUGUGAGUCCUUCUGAUUGUCGGUUGAUUAUCACGGCGGCGCUUGAUCGUGGCAAUGCUGAGCUGGCUCUCUCUGUAUUCUCCGCCAUGCGCUCGAGCUUCGACUCUGGUCGAGUUGACGGUUCUAUGUCUGUUGAGAGAUGGAAGUGGUCAAGACCGGACGUACAUACUUAUAUUUUAUUAGUCAAGGGUCUUGCAGCAUCACUAAAAGUCUCAGAUGCCCUUAGAAUGAUUGACUGUGUUUGCCGAGUGGGAGUAUCUCCUGGUGAAGAGGUUCCGUUUGGUAAAGUGGUGAGAUGCCCUUGUUGUAUGGUAGCCGUUGCUGUCGCUCAGCCACAACAAGGAAUUCAGCUUGUGUCUUGCUCAAAGUGCCGCUACCAGUAUGAACUAGUUUCAGGCAACAUUCUCAGCAUAGAAUCGGAAGAAAUUAGCAUGGAUGUUCCUGCAUGGAAACGAGGCCUACAAUUCUUGCAAAUAAUGAAGCUCAACAUUCCAGCUGCCGUUCACUCCAUUGUGGUGGAGACCCCGUCUGGCAUGGCGAGAACUCACAGGUUUGCCACUGAAACAGUUGAUCUCCCUGCCCAAGAAGGAGAAAGAGUAACUGUUUCCGUAGCAGCUCCGUUAACUGUUUACAGACAGGUGGGCCCGCUAAAGUUAAGCCCGAGAAUUCCCGAUUUCUACCCAGGCGAGCCCAUGUGCCUGACAAAUCAUAGAGACGGUAGAGAAUCUCGAUUAUUGAGAGCGCCUCCUAAAGAUGCGGCCAAAUCUAUGCUGAUCCCAUCUACCUUGAUUCCUAUUCUUGCUGUGUGUGCAACUGGCGAUGCUGCCUCUGGACUAAUCGACCCUGGCUUGCCGCAGUUGAUUGCAGUUGCUGUAGUUUCUUCACUUGCCGUGGGUGUCACUUUUAACAGACUUGUUCUUCCUCAGCUUAACAAGCUUCCUCAAAGAACAGUUGAUAUAACAUCCAUAAGGCAACAGCUAUUGUCUCAGUACGACGUACUUCAAUCUCGAAUCAAGGAGUUGAAGAGGGCUGCUGAAAAUGAGGUUUGGAUGCUCGCUCGCAUGUGCCAGUUGGAGAACAAAAUUUAUGCUGUUGGAGAAGAGCCUUCUUAUCGUUCGAGAAGAAAUAGAGUCAAAAGGGUCCGCGAAGGAUUGGAGAGUUCCCUCAAGAAUCGCAUUGAACUGAUCGAAAGCUAUGCUAGAAUUUCUUCGAUGAUUGAAAUCGAGGUAGAACUGGACUUGGAUGUUAUUGCUGCCGAAGCAGUCACAAAUACGGAAAAUAUAGCCGAACAGAUAGAGCAAAUCAUGGAAAUCGAGAAUCUUGAAGAGAAAUGGAGAUUGCAAGUUGAGGCAAACGAUGAAGCGGAAAGGCUUCUUAGUUCAGAGCCGGUUCCUGCUGACCAGGCUUUUUAGACAGGUGAAGAACUUCAGAGCAUAUUUUUGUACUUAUUGCAUGUUUUUUAUUUAUCUACCUAAAAAAAAAGAAAUUGUAAAUGAUUUUUUUUCUUCAUAUAGUGUUACGAUUACAUAUCUCGGUGUGUUAUUAUAAUCGAGUGUUCUCGAAAUUGAGCACAUUUCCUUAAAUAUAUGCCUAUACUUAUCCUUGGCCUGAUAGUAUAGGCAGUUUAGAUCCAAA